AUGUUUCGAUUCUUAAAAUCAACGUCAAGGACAGUAGUCCACGAAGAAGAAGAAGAAGAGCAUGGCGGUGGUGGAUGCAUGACGUCAUUAACAGUGUGGACAAAGUCUCUUGUAAUAAGCUGUAAUGGAUUUACAGUGAUCGAUUCCAAAGGAAACUUGGUCUACCGGGUUGACAAUUACGGCGCGCGUCCCGAGGAAGUCACUCUCAUGGAUGGCUCAGGAAAACCCGUCCAUACAAUGCGCCGUCGCAAGACGCCUAUACUAGUAGAUAGCUGGCAUGUAUAUGAAGGAGAAGCCGGUGAGCAUUGUAGAGCAAGUAAAUCAUCAGAGAAGCCAAUUUUCUCCAUAAGGAAGCAAGUGAAUUACAUUCUACAUGGGAAGCCAAAUGUACUUGCACGUGUAUUUCAUGGGAGCAAAAGUAAAAGCUACGCCUACGUGGUUGAAGGCUCGUACGCCGCUAGAUCAUGCAAAGUGUUAGAUGGGUCGAGAAGGGUUGCAGCCGAAAUCACACGGAAGGAAGCGAGCAAAGGAGGGGUGUCUUUUGGGCCUGAGGUUUUUGUUUUGGUGGUGCACCCAGGCUUUGCUCCAGGGUUUGCUAUGGCUUUAGUUGUAAUAUUGGAUCAAAUGUAUGGCUAG